UGUUGACGAUUGUGAACCCAAAUGAAGAAGUCGUGCACUUCAUGGAUCCACUUAAAAGGCGACUCGAUACUGGGGAAUGGAAAUCUAUUGUCAACAACUCCAUUAAAAUCUAUAAUGCUCACAAGAAUCGGAAAGGAAGGAAAGUAAUUCAAUGGAAGAAUCUUGCUGGUAUUCCGGAGCAAAAAAAUGACAAGACGUGUGGAUAUUUCAUUAUGCGUUACAUGAAAGAAAUUGUGGAGGACAAGAACUUCGAUUUUAGUAUGAAGUGGGGAACGAGGUCAAAUUUGGUUUACACAGUCAAUGAUAUUGAUGAGAUCCGAGCGGAAUGGGCUGAGCAUGUUUUGAAGUUCCCAGAAAAUUAAGUAUCAGCCUAUAUAUAUGCUUUUGUUUCUGGUAGGUUAUGAGCAGUAGUAGUGGCUAGGAACUGCUUUUGUGCAUUUUGACAGAACUGAUGGAAAGUGUUGAACAAAUGCAUGCAGUUGCUGUAACUACUCUAUGGAUGCUACUAGGUUUUUGUCUUAGUUAGAUUAAGAUCCGUGCAACAAUGGCAGUCAUUAAAAUCAUUUAAUGUAAAGGCUAGCAUGCUAGCUAGUUUAGUAUUAUGCUACUGAUGGGAAUG